GGUCCCCCCUCCCUGCCCCUCGACCCGGCUCCUGGUGCCCGUCUCCAGCGCGGCUGGAGCCAGCCGGGAAGCCGGAGCGCAGCGGAGGAGAAUGAGGCCGCGUCGCCGCCGCUCGGAGCCCGGCUGGAGCCUCCCAGGUACAUGGUGCAGGUCCGAGCAGUGGUGAUGACCCGAGAUGACUCCAGUGGUGGCUGGCUGCCUGUGGGGGGCGGGGGCCUCAGCCAGGUGAGCCUGUGUCAGGUCCGAGGGGCCAGGCCCGAUGGGGGGGCCCGCCAAGGGCACUACGUCAUCCACGGGGAGCGCCUCCGGGACCAGAAAACCACUUUAGAGUGUACCCUGAAGCCAGGUUUGGUUUACAACAAGGUGAACCCCAUCUUCCACCACUGGAGCCUGGGUGACUGCAAGUUUGGACUGACAUUCCAGAGCCCCGCAGAGGCUGACGAGUUUCAGAAGGCUCUGCUGGCUGCUCUGGCUGCCCUGGGCCCAGGCUCGCUCACACCCUCCUCUUCCUCCUCCUCCUCCUCCUCCCAUUCCCAGGACACAGCUGAGACUCCCUGCCCUCUGACGUCUCAUGUGGACAGCGACUCCUCCAGUCACAGCCGGCAGGAGACGUCUUCUGCUGGGGGGUCGGCCCCCAUCAUCACCGGGGAGACCUCUUCGGGCUUCAGGCCGGCCACGCCCCCUCAGCGCCGCUCCUCUGCCCAGAGCUCCCCUCCACUGCUGCGCCUCACGGGGGCCCCGGAGCCCGCUGAGCCGCUGGUGGGGCCCGGGGGUCCUGGCUGGGGUGGCCGAGGCUAUGAGGAUUACCGGCGCGCCGGGCCGCCCCCACCCCUCGCCCUGUCCACCUGCGUGGUGCGCUUCGCCAAGACCGGGGCCUUGAGGGGUGCCGCACUGGGGCCCCCCGCGGCCCUCCCUGCAGCUCUGCCUGAGGCGGUACCUCCGGCGCCCCCAGCACGCCCACCCCCAGGCCUGAGCCCCGCCGGGGCGCCCACCAAGGCCUCCCCGGAGGCGGAGGAGGUGGCGCGCUGCCUGCACUGCCGGGCGCCCUUUCGCCCCCGCGCCGACGGCCGUGGUGGCCGCUGCGCAGAGGCCCCCGACCCGGGUCGCCUCCUGGUGCGCCGCCUCAGCUGCCUCUGGUGCGCCGAGAGCUUGCUCUACCACUGCCUGUCGGACGCCGAGGGCGACUUCUCGGACCCGUGCGCCUGCGAGCCGGGCCACCCGCGCCCGUGGGCCGCGCUGGCAGCCUUGUCGCUCGCUGUGCCCUGCCUCUGCUGCUACGCGCCGCUGCGCGCCUGCCACUGGGUCGCCGCGCGCUACGGCUGUGCGGGCUGCGGGGGUCGCCACGAGGAGGCUGCGCGGUGAGGACGGCGUGGUGGGUCCCCCGUUGCCCGACGGAGGACCCAAAAUGGAGGGUCCUGGACAGUGGACUCCAUUAGACCCCCAAACCCAAACCCAGGCACGCCCAGAAUUUGGAGUUUGGGUUUGGUUUGUGAAGUCCCAGACCUGGGACCUGGAUCCCCAGUCUAGGAAGUGAGAGACGUUUCCCCCAGCCCCCGACCCAGGAUUUUUGGGAUGUCUGCCCAAGAGGCCACUGGGAUACUGAGUUCUGGUGCCCCCACUUAUGGCCAGGACUGGGGGUCCAGGUGUUGUGCCCCCCCCCAAAAAAAAUAAGUGUUGUUCCUCCUAACCUCUAUGCCCUUGGUUCUAGUCCCAUUAGGGAGUGGGUCAUCUUUGUUAUGUUAAUGGACAGAAUUAGUGUAGGGUGUGUUCUAAAGCAGUCUCUUCUGAGCUAUAAAAGAGUCACCAAAGGAGGAUGGGGAAGAGAGAAGCCAGGCCACUGGAAGAUUUCCCGGGAGAGCAACUCCAGAGUGACCAGGAUCAUCGGCCUUCCAGGCCAGCACCCUGACCUGGACUUCUAGCCUCCUCAACAGUGAGAAAAUAAAUCUGUUACAGUCCCC